GGUUGAGGUUUUUGACACGAAUGAAAAAACGAAUUUCAUAUCUUGCCUGGAAAUCACAUGUGAGUUACUGUCACACUUAUGUAAUUAGGUUGAAAAGAUUCAUCUCAUCAUUUUCUCCCUAGCUAUGCAAUUCGUUUUUCUGUUUUAUCUAUAUUUAAUGCUCUGUUUAGAUUUAUUUAGAUUUCUAAGAAUUGGAUGAUGCUUUUGGAGAAAAAAAAGGUUAAUUAUACACUCCGAAAUGGUCUGUCACGUUCGCUCGGGACGCCUCCGUCUUAGCACGACACGUAACCCGCUGGCCAGCCAGCCGCCUACCUACCACCAGCUCUCCUACGCAUAUCUGAUGAGCCCGAGUGCGACGUGAGACGGUCACCCUCUACUCUACGCACUAGCCAAGAAGCUGGAGUACACUACUGGAGUAGUAGUACUACGCAUCAUCUCAUCCGCCUCGCGCUGCUCUGUCCCCAUCCCCCACGGAUCUCCCACCGAUGGACGCCGCCGCCGCCGCCGCCCGGCAGCGGCAGCAGCUCCACGUGGUGGUGUUCCCGUGGCUGGCGUUCGGCCACCUCAUCCCGUUCCUCGAGCUCGCCAAGCGGCUGGCGGCGCGGGGCCACGCCGCCGUCACCUACGUCUCCACGCCGCGGAACGUCUCGCGCCUGGCCCCCGACGUCCCGCCGGAGCUGUCCGCGACGCUCCGCCUCGUCACGCUCCCGCUGCCGCGCGUCGCCGGCCUGCCCGAGGGCGCCGAGUCCACCACCGACGUGCCGCACGACAAGGGCGAGCUCCUCAGGGCGGCGUUCGACGGCCUCGCCGCGCCCUUCGCCGCCUUCCUCGCCGACGCCUGCGCCGCCGGAGCCGAGGACGCCGCCGGGUUUGACAGGAAGCCCGACUGGAUCGUCGUGGACUUCCCUCACCACUGGGUCCCACCCAUCGCCCAUAAGUAUGAGAUUCCAUGCGCCAUUUUCCUCUCAUUCUCGGCGUCCAUGCUGGCCUUCCAUGGCGAGAAGUCGCGAGCCGCCAACGCCGCCGGCGACAAGAAACACCUCGGCAAGAAGGUCGAGCACUUGAUGGCUCCGGCGCCGAGGACGUCCGGCUACCUCCCCUCCGACCUCGCCUACCGUCGCCACGAGGCCAAGUACGUCGCCUCCGCGUUCCAGCCUGACGACUCCGGCGUCUCCGCCGCCGAGCGCACGAAUCAGCUGCACCGGCGCUGCCCUCUCAGCUUCUACCGCAGCUGCCCGGAGGCCGAGGGCCCGCCCUGCCAGCUCCUCGCCGACAUCUACGGCCCCCGCUUCCUCCCCACUGGCCUCCUCGCGCCCACCGCCGGAUCAAACGGCGGCGGCGAGGCCGCCGCCGACCUGAUGCGCUGGCUGGACGCGCAGCCCGAGAGGUCCGUGCUCUACGCCGCGCUGGGGACGGAGGCGCCGGUGACCACGGACAACGUGCGGGAGCUCGCCCGCGGGCUGGAGCUCUCCGGGCAGCGGUUCCUCUGGGCGCUCCGCGUGCGGGGCACCGGCGGCGACGACGCAGCAGCGACUCCGCCGGCGGCGAGAGACGGGCUCCUGCCGGACGGGUUCGAGCGGCGGGUCGCCGGGCGCGGCGUGGUGUGCGCCGGGUGGGUGCCGCAGCUGCGCGUGCUGGCGCACACGGCGGUGGGCGCGUUCCUGACGCACUGCGGGUGGGGCUCCACCGUGGAGAGCCUCCAGUUCGGUCACCCGCUGGUGAUGCUGCCGUUCGUCGGCGACCAGGGCAUCGUCGCGCAGGCCAUGGCGGCGAAGGGGGUCGGCGCCGAGGUGGCGAGGAACUACGACGACGCGUCGUUCCGCGGCGAGGACGUUGCGGCGGCGGUGCGGCGGGUGAUGGUGGGGGAGGAGGGGAAGGUGUUCGACCGAAAGGCGAAGGAGCUGCGAGCGGCCGUCUUGGACGAGGAGCGCCAAGGGCACUACAUCGACGUGAUCGCCGAGCACCUACGGGGCUACAAGUAUGGUGGUGGCGACUGACUGAACCCUGAUGACAUCUUAGACGCGUGGAUCUGUUGUAUUCUCCUAUCGGUUCAUAUAUAUGUCAGUGAUCGUAAUAUCGUAAUAACGCUGUGUUACCACAUGACUGUGAAAUUUGUUUGGAUUUUUUUAAUUAUUAAAGUUUUACUCGAGACACUUUUGUUUAAAUUUCGAUCCACUGUCACCUCGUUCACUAGCUUAGGCAGUAAU